AUGACGGUUUGCAAAUUCUUUCAACAGGGAAACUGCAAGUUUGGCAAUAGGUGUCGUAACGAGCACAUCAACCCAAACGAUCAAAACCGCUUUGGAGCUCUAGGAGGAGGCAACAACCAGAGCCCAGCUGAAAAAUACAAUAUCAACGCCGAUACCAUCGAAAAAGAUUUGACGACCGAGGUACCGCAAUGGAUCCUUUCAGCCUAUGCGCCAGGGAGAGACGCUCCUGGGCAGCUCUUUGGCGGGUUCCCACGCGAACAGAGUUUUGAGGAGUUGCGGCUGCACUUUAUGAUGGGCAAGGCUUCAGGAAACGAGCAGCAAGUUUUGAACGAAGCGCAAGAGCUGUACGCGAACGCGCAGCAACAAAUGCAAACCGCCCUCCGCGAUGUUAAGGGAGCCGUCGAGUUUAUGGUCAGCGCCGAGAACAACCACCCAAAUCGACACGAUAUUUGCAGAGAAGGAACACAGGGAGCUCCUUUUGAAGAAUUCCUUGUCGGAAAACGACCGAAAUCUACCAUUGCCGACACGGGAGCGCAGCCAAAUCCAUUCGGAGCGAACAACAACAACAACGAUGCAUCUCCUUUUGGCGGCGGCGCAUCGACCGGCGUAAGUGCUUUCGGACAACCCUCAGCUCUGGGUGCGAAACCAAGCGCCUUUGGAGCUCCAGCAUUUGGUCAACCGUCACAGCCAGCUCAGGGAGGCUCUGCUUUUGGUCAGCCUGCGCAGCCAUCAGCGUUUGGACAGCCCUCGCAAUUGGGACAGUCUGGAUCAGCGUUCGGACAACCCGCUCAACCCUCAGCUUUCGGACAACCUUCAACGCUAGGUGCGAAGCCCAGCGCUUUUGGUACACCGGCGUUCGGGCAGCCUUCCCAGCCCAAUGCGCAAGGUAGUGUUUUCGGUCAACCGUCACAACCAAAUGCACAAGGCAGCGUUUUCGGUCAACCAUCGCAACCGAACGCACAGGGCAGUGCGUUUGGCCAACCGUCGCAGCUUAACGCAGGAGGCAGCGCUUUUGGACAAGCCAGCCAACUUGGUGCAAAGCCAAACCCCUUUGGAGCUCCAAGUGGAACAAACAAUAACUCUAGUCCCUUUGGAAACGCUGCCAACAACAGUGCGCCUGCAGCGAAUCCUUUUGGUGCUCCCAGUGCUGGUACAGCGAACAACCAGAAUGCCAACCCCUUUGGAGCGAAUAACAAUAACCAGAAUAAUGCUGGAGCGAGCCCGUUCGGGAAACCUUCUCAACCUGCGCAAGGGACGUCGCCCUUUGGACAGCCAUCAAAUGCUGCGGGGCCAGCAGCAUCUAAUCCGUUUGGUGCCUCUAAUGCUACGCCGACCCAAAAUGCGAACAAUCCCUUUGGACAACCCUCGCAACCCCAGGCCAAUGGGUUUUCGUCACAGAACAACCAACCGCAAGCCAACAAUCCAUUUGGCAAGCCUUCUCAGCCAGCAGCAAACCCCUUCGGUCAACCUUCAAACCCUACGCAAACCUCCUCGAAUCCAUUCGCGUCGCAACUGCCGUCAGCAGGCCCGCCAGCAGGCGCUCCCUCAGGGAGCCCAUAUCCACCCAACAGUACCCGACAGCACCCGCCAGUCGAAAGCUACAGCUCCAAGGAUAUGAAUGGACGACUCACCAUGUUCAAGGGCAAAUCUGUUGUGUACAAGGAUGGUAAGCCCGGAAUUCAGGAAUUUGAUGGAUCAUGGCGGCGGGUGUGGUUUCCAGAUGGACCACCAGGAUACUCAGCGGAUACGGAAUUGCCUUCGGAGAAGUAUGAUGACAAGUCUAAAGCUCAAUGGAUGGCUUUUGCCCAGACAGGUACCUUCCAGGACGGCUUGAUGCCCGAGUUACCGCCACCACGGGAAUGUACGUUGUGGGAUUUUUAA